UUGGAUCAAGUCCAGCUGCUUCAGCUGCUGCUCCUGUUGCACCUCCACCGCCGCCACCUCCUCCUCCGCCACCUCCUCCUCCCCCAGGUCUGCAGCAGGGUCUGUCUGCAGUUGAGCUCAUUAAAGAGAGGAGAAACAAAAAGACGAACUCUGGACAGAAUCUGACAGAAAAUGGGCCAAAGAAACCUGAAAUACCCAACAUGCUAGAAAUCCUCAAAGACAUGAACAGCGUGAAACUACGCUCGGUGAAAAGGUCACCAGAAGGAACAAAACCUAAAGCGGCUGACCCUACAGAUCCUGCAGCCUUAAUAGCAGAAGCGCUCAAAAAGAAAUUUGCUUAUCGAUACCGAAGUGACAGUCAGAGCGAAACAGAAAAAGUGACGCCGAAGAACGAAGCAAAGACAAAGACUGAGGUAGUGCUGUUCGGACCGCACAUGCUGAAGUCUACAGGGAAAAUGAAGACUCUAAUUGAAAAAUCCUAA